UUAUCAAAACGGCGAGUUCUGUGAGUUCUAUCGUCAUUCCGAUCCCGCAAGGGCCUUAGUAACGUCUCUGCUACCGUAGGAGAUCGGAAGAAGAAGAGCGACAUAAUCUGUCUCAAGCAUUUCACUGUGAAAUAUUUGGCUCAUCGUAAUUGAAAAUGUUCUCGGGUUUAACAAACCAAAUGUCAACGUGGAUGGGCAAGAAGUCCGAGGAUGGUAUGGAAGUACCCGACAAAAAAGUUGCGUCUCCAGUCGCCGAGGGAGAAGUUGACGUAGAAAAAAAAGAUAGCCCCACAAAAGGCAACAGCAAAUUAGAAAUGCUGGCUGGUGUGAAGACCCAGAUGACGGGUUGGUUUAGCGGCGGCAUACCUGGAUUAAGCCGCGGUGCACACGGACCGGAAGGCGAAGUUCCAGGAGCUGCUGGAACGAACGAGGGUGCUCAGGUAGCGCCGAAUCCUCAGGCUCCACCCGAGCAAACGAAAGACGACGACGCUAGCAGUCCUCCACCAUUGCCUUCUUCCAGCGCAACCGGAGGAGCUGACAGUGGGCCAGGAAGCCUGGAAGGAUCACCCACGGACGACAAAAAUGGGCCGCAACCGUUCGGAGCGGUUUCUACCAAGGCGCUGGAAGGUGCUAAGAGCUUAGGUGGAUUUUUGUACAGCGCAGUAAAUAAAGCGAGCAAAACCGUCGUCGAGGCUGGGGCGAAAAUCAAAAAGACCGUCGAGGAGAAUAGGUUGGUGGCCGAAUUGAACAAAGAACAGGACAACUUUAUCGCGAGUAAGCACACCGAGAAGGGAGAGGCCGUUGCACCGUGGGUCGGCGCACCCAACGAGGAUCUUCUGCGAGAAGAAUGUUUAUCUCUUUCGACGAAUCAGAGAAACUUCUUAAGGCCCCCGCCGGAAGGAGUUGAUUUUGCAUGGGACUUCGAGGCUGUGCAACCGAUGGCCCAGGCGACCCUCGCUUUGGAUUUAAAUUUGGAAAAAAUGAGAUUCGAAUUAGUACCCAAAGUUAUAUCGGAAGAGAACUUUUGGAGAAACUACUUCUAUCGGGUGUCGGUUCUUCGCCAGAGCCACGAGUUAAACGCAAUGGCCCACCAAGCGGAAAACGAACAGAAUUUAUCAUCCACUGAAGUUCACAUGACCAGUCCCCGGGAAACCAGCGGAACCGUGACCACCAGCAGUAACAGCGCGUUGGCCGAUUCGCCAGGCCACGAAUUCGUGUCCGAUAGCAUGAGGGUCUCGGACACGGACCUCGAAGAGGUCCUAGAGGGCAUGAAAAAGCUGGGGAUGCAGCCACCGAAAGAAGAAGAGUGGGAACGCGAUUUGGAGGCUGAGCUGAAGGAUUACGAGGUAGUUACCGGGAACGAGGAAAAGAACGGCGCCCCGGCGCCCGUAGGUGAGAUCGCCGCGUUGGAUAAAGACGAUUGGGAGAAGCAGAUCGACGACCUCUUAGCCAACGACGUGGACGACGAGGACCUCAAGUGAGCCGAAGAGAUCCUCUUUGCGACCGGUUAGAGACGAUCUCGUCGCGUUUCAAUUGAGAUCCUGGGGCACGGUGUCAGAGAUCGCCGGGGUGGGUUUCUAUCUUUCUCUUCCAUCGACCUUCCUCCCGGGAGCGAGAGGAUCGCUUCACCAGGCGAGGGGAUACUCCUUUCUGUUUACCUUCCCUUCCGCUUUGUUCCUCUCUUUGAGAGGAUUCAUUGUGCUCAAGAUAACCCAUUAUAUGCUUAAAACAGUCGUGGCAAAAAAUGUUGACCGCUUGCGGUAAGAGAGCUACCGUGACGGUUUGGCGAACGCAACGCCACCUGGCGGCGGAUCUUGUCACUUCCAGUACGCGCCAUAUUGCGUUGCACCAUGGCGACGAUUACAGUUCGGUAGAAGCUUCGGUACGCGCGUGUUGUUUGUGUUCGACUCUCCGUGCUAGGCAACAUCCUUACAGCGUAAAGAAAGUCGUAUCGUAUCCAGGUACGUGUUAAAUCAGGUCGUUUCGAGCAUGUAUGUACGAAUUCUUCUAAAUGUUCUUUACGUUCUCAUGAAAAAUAUUAACUUUGUUCUGGUAGAAGACUUUUACUGAUUCUAUGAACAAAGUGUCGAUGUACCUUUUGUGUUUAACUCUAGUACUAUGUUUGUACGUUUGUAUUAUGCCUAAAAUUCGCAUAGACGCAUACGGUGACUUGCGAAACGACCUAGUAUAACGUGCGUUACGUGUCGAGAGUCGUGGCACGCGAACCUGAAAGUGGGGACAACCGCGUGUGAAUUCCAGUCGAACAAGUGACCUUAAGCGGUGAAUAUCUUCUGUCACGAGCGACGCUCUUGAAAUUCGGGAGCUCGAUAAAACCGGUUAAAUCGAGAGCACUGUCUGGUAGGACCACUACCGAGUGUCGUGGGCGUAGAGUGUAAUAAUGUGAGAAUAAGAGAGAAGGGAAGAGGAAAUGGGGAUGGUUGAGACGACAUUCGUUCGCCUCGAACAAUUGCAACGGAAAGGGAGAAGAUGGAGAGAAAGGGGGGACUGGAGAGGAAAAUAAAAAGAGUCUCUUCCUUGUUUCCGCUUCUCCAGGUUUGUUUGUUGUCUCAGACAGCACCUACGUUUGCGAUCCUCGAGCACGAUGAAGAUGAUGGGAUUAAAAAUGAAACUGGGGGGAACGGCUGAGAGAUGGGAGAGAAGGGUUUAGGCACGUUUACGCUUGUACAGACUGUAAAUUAUUUUGCCGAUCGAUCGAUCUCGCUUCUGGAACCUCCGUCGAUUCCAUCCAUCGAUGAUCUCCGUGGAUCUACCGAACGGUGGACGGGCGUGCACGCGAAAACACUGAUGACGGAUAUACUUUAACGCCACACUUAUGUCAAUUGUUACACGACACGUUCUUCGGUUACGAGGACGGUGUAAGAAUGUAAAACAUACAAAAAAAACCAAGUAUUCCCCUCCAAAAAAAAAAAAAUCGAAAUCGAAAAAAAUUUCAACAUUUCUCGUUUGUAAUAAUAUCGAUCGUUAAGAUAUUUAACAAAAGAACAACAAAAAAAAAAUAUUGAAAAUGAAAAUCGUGCCAGCCGCGACAUCGAACGCGGUUGGCGCUGUUAACUCGAAAUGCACUGUGCUACGGAAUACGACUCGAACAGUAAAAAAAAAAAAUAGAAAAACAAAAUUGAAACGCUCUUCAUCGGGUUCGAAGGAUCGAGAACAUUCCGAUAUUAUUACACUGCCGUGUGCCGAAGGACACCGUUUCGAACGGAUCGACCCGUAUCGUCGACUUUAUUUUUUACAAACUCAACUGUCGGACACGCUUUUCCGCUAGAAGUGAGAAACAAAAAAAUACACAGACACAAAAGAUAACGGAUAUGCUUUAUCGUGGAUUUUUCGCAUUGCCAAAAGCAACUCGAUUUCGACGAGCGUAUUCACGAUCCGCUCCGCGACGAUCUAUCCAGGGAUGGGCAGAAUUCGUAGAUAAAAAUGUCGUGUAAGGAAUUAAUGAUGAACAAACUUUUUACCCGUUAGUUCGUUUUAUCAAAAUUAGAAUUUUAAGUUUUACGUUGAACGAAUAAAGACUUAUCUAUAUAACUGUUCGAUUAAAUAAACGACGCAAAUAAAUCGCUAUACUGUAUCGCUAUUCGUCGUCUAUUGUUCGAAGAAAAUUUUGCCCGAUCUUUGGUAUUAUCUUGCGCGAUCUGUCCCGAUACGCGGACAGAGAGGUCCGUAACGAUCGAUCGAGAGAUUAUUUAUAUCAUUGCGAGACGUAUUGUUGAUGUUCGCGUCGCCAGGGAUAUGAUUGUUCUUUUGUUAAACUAGCUGUGGUAUUUGUUACACGUAUCGCGCUUGAUGUUGAGUAUAUUCACUGCGAUCUCACAGAGGAAGGACUGAACCUGUUGAAACGUAUAAAACAUUAGACGUAGAUACUCGGUAAUUUUAGAGCUAUAAGUACUUGAUGUUACAUACCGUAUGUUAAACGUUGUAUAUAAUAAACUACCAGCUGGAACACCAGCUACAGCUGAAACAAAAUGGUUCGUUAACGAACGAAGAACAACAUAAUUACACCUUCGAUAAAACAACCCGACAUUCAGUAUAUAACAUAUAGUUAUGUCUUUGCAAUUAUCAAGCGUCUAGGUCCAAUAUUUCACGCGUUGCAACAGCCUUUCAUCAUCCUGUAAAAACACGUUAACCAAGUUUGAGUAACUGUCGGAUCUGCAAGCAAAUUUCUACAUUAAUGAUAUUUUACUUAUUAUUAAAUUAUUAUUAAGUUAUAGGGCACAUAAGUUGUCAUUACUAUAUCAAUUUACUUACAAACCCUACAGCUAUUCAAAGUUGAAACUCUAGAUUUACGGACAUUGAUUGCACAUCGUUAUUAUUUAGGAUAUAUCGUUACCAUAUUAUUAACGAAUGAUGUUUAUGAGUUCUGUAACUUAACUCCAAUUGAAUCGACGGGUUCCGUAAAUCUAGCGUUGAAACAGGCGACAGGAUUAGGUCCUUCCCACGUCAGUGUCCGCGAUAAAAAAAACGUAGAAGUCGGCGAAUCGAUGGAGCAAGAGUCGCAUAUAGUCGUUGUAGGUCGCAACAACAAUUCCUCGACAAUGAUUUUCUCCGUGCGACAUGCCGUCCAAUAAUUCCCUUGCUCUCGAUGGAACUGGGGCAAAACAACAAUUUGUGGAUAAAGAGAAAACCGCGGAGACGAUAAACCGUCGCGUUCCGCGUGCAAAACAAUCAUCAAAAUUGCUUUGAUUCAAGUCGGGACGCAGCGACUUGGUUUUACAACGUACUCGUUUCCAAUAGCACGAACCAAAAUAGCGCGCAACGAACAGCUUACACCGAGCGCGUCAAAUUUGUACAAAGUACGCAUAAGAUAC